AUGAUGGUUGUUGAUGUACGUAAAUUAAAUAAUGGUAUAGGUCCAGCACGACCUGUUUAUCAACAUGGACAUUUUUGUGUUCGUGCAUUUCAUCGUCUUAUAUCUUAUCCAAGUUAUACAUUAUUUCUAUUAUUUAUAAUAUAUUUACUAAUAAUGGAUAUAAUACUUUAUUUUAAAAUACGUUCAAGAAAAUUAUUAGAUUUUAAUUUAUCAGAUACAAUAUUAAAUCAAAAAAUAAUUCAUACAAUAGAUAUAUUUGAUUUAUUAUCCAUAAAAAAAAUUAUGAUUGAACCAAUUAUUCAUUAUGUUCGUUCACCAUUAGCUGAAAGUCUAGAAACUAAAUUAUAUUUUACAUAUUAUUUUCCAUUUAUAUCAGCAAAUGUAAUAUCAUAUUUUCAUUGUUUUUUAUCAUUAAUAUCAAUAAAAUUUAUUUCAAAUGAAUCAUUAUUUCGACGUCAAAUAGGUGUUAUUAUAUUUCAAUUUCGUACAUUUCUUGAUUGUUUUGAUGGUGUUAUUUAUCGUGCACAUACAAAUGAUAAACGUUUUAAAUCAUAUUAUGGAAAUUUUGGUUAUUAUGUUGAUGCAAUUAGUGAUAUAAUAGGAGGUAUAUGUCUAAUUAUUGGUUGUUUACUUUAUUUUUUUAAACAACGAUCAUUUCAUACAAAAUUAUCCAUAAGAACACAUUCAAAUAAAUAUUCAAAUUCAUCAGUAAGUAAUGAAGGAAAUAAUGAAACUGAUUUAAUUAUAUUGAAUAUUGAUGAUGAUGAUAUUGAGGCUCAAACAUAUUCUCAUAUUCAUUCAUCAUCAAAAACAACUAAUAUGAGUUCUAAUUUAUUUGAAACAAAACAAACUAUAUUUAUAACAUUAGUAUUAUUUUCAUUACGUUAUUCAUUAUCUGCUAUAUUUUGGAAUAGAAAUGUACAUGCUUAUGAAGAUUUACUUGAUUCACAAGUAGAUUUAUCACAACAAAAAUCUUUACAAUUAAGUAUUUUACAUUCACCAUUAACUAUAUUGAUAUUUUAUUUAUGGAGAUAUUUAUGUGCACUUAGUAUUCAAGAUUAUCUUUCAUUUGCAAUUUUUAUUGAUCGAACUUGGGAAUUUAUACAAAAAACUAGUACGAUAUAUUGGUGUACUUUAUUAUUAACAAUAUUUUUAACAGAAUUACAUAUUAAUCAAAUACGAUCUCUAUUUACUGUUCUUGCUACUAAAUAA